AUGUGGCCUGAAGUUGAACAAGCAUCAUUAAAUCAUCGUUAUGAAUUAGUUUUAUCUGGUGAUAAAAUAACAAAACGUAUUGAAGAAAAAAAUGAAUUAGAUCCAUCAAUAUGGACAUUAAAUCAAUUGAAUUUUCUUGAAAUAAGUCAAUGUCCAUUAAUUGAAUCAUUAUCAGAAGAUAUUGGAAAAUUAAUUAAUUUAUCAACAUUAACAUUAACAUCAAAUAAACUUAAUAAAUUACCAGAUCAAAUUAAAAAUCUUGAAAAUCUUCGUCAUUUAGAUUUAUCAAAUAAUCAAUUAAAUAAACUUAAUAAAGAUUUAUUUUUAAAAUUAAUUCAUUUAGAAACAUUAAAUUUAAGUAAUAAUUUAUUAGAUGAAAUUCCACCAUUUUCAAAAGAAAAUAAUAAAAAAUUAGCUAUUAUUAAUUUAUCUCAUAAUCAAAUUGAAACACUUCCAGAUUUUCCUCAACAAUUAGAAAAUCUUUCACAAAUUGAUUUAUCAUCAAACAAAUUUAAACAUUUUCCGAAUACACUUUUACAAUUAAAUUCAUUAAAAAUUAUUAUUAUUGAUUCAAAUCAAUUGACAGAUAUUCCAUGUCAAUUAAGUCAAUUACAUAGAUUAAGAGAAAUUCGAUUUAAAUCAAAUCCAUUAAAAGAUAAUCGAUUAAAAAAAUUAAUGGAACAAGAUAAAAUAAAAGCUGUUUUAGAAUAUUUAUCUAAACAAUGGAAUGAACUAGAAAAAUCAACAUCGAAUUUAUCAAAAACACUUCCACAACAACAACAACAACAACAACAACAUAUUAAACAAAAUGAACAAAUUCAAGAUAAAAUUCAAAUUUUACAUAUUGACCAACAAGGAGAUUUAAAAGGAAGACAAAUAACAAUAUUACCUCGAGUUGUCAAUGUUCGACCUCAUAUAUUAUGUUGUAUUGUUCGAAAUAUUGAUUUAUCAACACCAGGAAAUUUAAAGAAAUUUUUAAAUCUUCAAGUAAAUUUAAUAUCUUUUUUAUUUAUAUUCAAAUAA